GGUGUUAUUUAAAUAAAACUUACUGAAAGUACAGAAGUUUGGGGGUACUUUACUGAUUGUACUUUAAAAAUCGAGUAUUUUUAUUUAUUGUCUUCUGAAUAGUUAUAUACAUAUACCUACCACGUUAGAUAAUAAUUUAAUGUUUCAAAGUAAUGAAUAGAGUGGUGCACAAAAAAAAAGUAACCAAUAGCACAUUUAUGGCGAAAAUGGAAGUUGAUUUGACAAAUCGCAUGGUCAUAUAAUUCACAAAAUUGCAUAUCAUUCAAUCAGUUUGGCUUUAUGUUAUUUUCUUUUUAACGUACAUCAUCCUAUAAUUUUUAUUCUAAUACUGAUGAUCAUAUGUGAUAUUAAUGAAUAACUUCAAACAAUUUCACGACGAAGCUGUCUCUAUAACACUCAUUUCGAAAAAUGGUUAUAGGACAUUUCAAUGGAUAAGAAGCGCAGACGGAUCUGUCUACAAUAUUCUGAAACUUCCGAUCAAUUUGCAUUUCAUAAUUUAUAGUUUAAUAAGACUCAAACUUCAAAUCUGGUGUAAAAGGUUUUAAAUCUUCAUCACGUCACAAUAAAUUUACACAGCUUUACGUGCUUCGCAUGAAAUAAGAUAUCGUGUCCACGAACUAUCGUAUUUAGAGAUUUUGGUAUUUUAAAAACUUUUAUAAUUUAUAGUAUUAAUUUUGACGCAUGAAGCUUAUGUUUUGCGAGUUUUAUGGCGACAGUCGACAGAGCACAUUAUAACAAAAUAGCUCAUUGAUAUUUUCUAAAUUUUACUCCAAUCAAUAAGACUUUUAUAGUCUCGUCGUCGUAUACCUACCUGUCACUAUCAAUCAGAACACAGCAGCCGGACAAAAACAAAUUAAAAAAAAAACAACAUAAAUUGCAGAAACACCUUUUUAGCGUAUAGACACUGUUCAUGGGUCCUAUCUGGGUGGGUUUGGUUUGGUUUAAUGUAUUGACAUCCUCACGAAAAAGUUGAAAAAAGCAAAACUCAUGAGAUAUCUCUUUGAUCAAACUCUUUGAUCUUUCUUCGUGUGCGAUAUGGCUUUUCCCCACUAAGCAAUAGCUACCCAUAAUCAUCUUCUUCUUCUUCUUCCAGAUUCUGUAUUCAGGUCAAACUACUUGAGGUUCUUGUCGGAAAAUUUCAGUUAUUUUCUCUAUCAAAACAGUUUCUUGGAUUUUUUCAAAAAAAAAAAAACAGUUUCUUGGUUUGAGUUCUUGAUUUGAGCUUCCUCUGUCCUUCGAGUGGUUCUUGUAUAUCUUCUCUCUGAGGGUUUGUGAUGCACUUUAAUUGCUUUGGACUUCUUGAUAUGUGCAAAGGAAAUGAUCAUCUUGGACAAAAAGAAGCUGAAGAGAUUUGCACCGACAAUGUGAGAGUCUUUUCGUAUAACUCAUUACGAUCAGCCACAGAUAAUUUCCAUCCAACCAAUAGAAUCGGUGGUGGUGGCUUUGGUGUUGUCUUCAGGGGAGUAUUGAGAGAUGGCACACAAGUAGCUGUGAAAUCACUUUCAGCAGAAUCAAAACAAGGCACACGAGAGUUCUUAACCGAGAUUAACUUGAUAUCUAUCAUUCAUCAUCCUAACCUUGUUAACCUCAUUGGCUGCUGCGUCGAAGGAAACAAUAGGAUUCUUGUCUAUGAGUACCUUGAGAACAACAGUCUUUCUAGUGUUUUGCUUGGUUCGAGGAGUAAGUAUGUUCCUCUUGAUUGGUCCAAACGUGCUGCUAUUUGCGUUGGGACAGCUUCUGGUUUAGCUUUCUUGCACGAGGAAGUGGAGCCUCCGGUUGUUCACCGCGACAUCAAGGCGAGUAAUGUCUUACUAGACAGAAACUUUUCUCCCAAGAUUGGAGAUUUUGGUCUUGCAAAGCUUUUUCCUGACAAUGUCACUCAUGUCAGUACCAGAGUCGCUGGAACAGUGGGAUACUUGGCUCCUGAAUACGCACUUCUAGGUCAGUUAACAAAAAAGGCAGACGUUUACAGCUUUGGGAUACUUGUUCUUGAAGUCAUAAGUGGUGGUAGUAGCAGCAGAGCCGCCUUUACAGACGAGUUCUUGGUUCUGGUCGAAUGGGUAUGGAAGUUGAGAGAAGAUGGGAGGCUACUAGAGUGUGUUGAUCCUUAUCUAAAUAAGUUUCCACAAGAUGAAGUGAUAAGAUUUAUUAAGGUAGCUCUGUUCUGCACUCAAGCCGCGGCACAGAAGAGACCAAACAUGAAGCAAGUGGUGGAGAUGCUUAGCAGGAAAGAGAUUAACCUCAACGAGGCAGCCUUAACGGAACCUGGUGUCUAUAGAGGUGUCAACAAGGGGCGCAACCACCGUGGCCUUGGUCUUAGAGGUGGCACCUCACAGGAGAGCUCAUCAACACAAGGUUACAAAGGGAAAAGUUCAGCGGCUCCUCAAGGGUCGUCUUCGGCUUCAGUUAUUACAUAUCAGAGCAUUACAGAGAUGGCUCCUAGAUGACGAUGAUUCUUUCUGUUGGUAGAGCAGAUAUAUUUCUAUUCUUGAGUAAAUUGAUUAGCUUCUGAUAAUCUGAUGUAUUAGUAUAGUAUCUUCAUAUACAGGCCAUGAGAAAAUAUAUUAUUAAUUAAAUAAAAUAAUGAUGAUUUUGUUG